AUGACAGCUCCCGCUAAGAAGUUCGUAAUGAGACAUGAUUUCACGAAUAUUUCGAGUCUCAAAGAAGAUGGAGUUCAGUACAGUCCGACUGAAGAGCAUUUCAAUGUUCCAUGGUAUAUUCGUGUUAUUAAAAAUAAUGGGCAUCUUGGUAUCCAUUUUUCCUGCAAUCAACCUAAAACUACUACUUGGUCAAUCUCUACAAAAGCCCAAAUAAUGUUGAUCUCAGUUACUGGAAAAUCGACUUCGAGGACAUUUGAAUAUAAAUAUGCUAAUGAAGACGAAUUUUCUGGUUGGGGAUGGAACACGUUUAUCAAUUGGGAGAAUAUGGAAAUGGAUUAUAUGAUUGAUGAUCAUAUUACUAUUGAAUGUCAUGUUGAAAUCUUCGGAAUGUCUGGAAUUAAAAAGAAGAAAUUGAAAAAUUUCGAUGCGACAAUGGAAGAGUUUUCAGAUUUGGUAAUUAUUGUGGAAAAUGAGAAGUUUUAUGUCUCAAAAUUGUUUCUCGCCGACCAGUCAUCGUACUUCAAAUCUCUUCUAACUAGAAAACAAGAAGAAUUCGAAAAACCAGAAAUCACACUGGAUGGUUGCAAAUCGGAGGAUUUUCAGUACUUUCUGGAAUUGAUCUACGGAGAAUCACCAAUCGAUGGUGAAACAAUCGAUAAAAUCGUUCAAUUGGCUGACAAGUAUCAGGCUCCAACUGCGAUCAGGAAAUGCGAAAACUUUCUGAUUAAUAAUUCUGGAAAAACAUUGAAAGUGAAGUUGCAAAUGGCUAAAAAAUACAAGCUGGAAAACUUGAAGAUGUCAUGUCUCUCCAAAAUCAAUACUGUUGAAGACAUUCGUUCUGUCUUGUCAUACACAACUAGUGAAAUGGAUCCAUCGGUCGUUGGAGCUCUCCUGCAGAAAUCUCUCUUACUUCUCUCAUAA